AUAAUUAUUAUAAUAUAUUAUAUUAAACAAAUUACUCUAUGCACGAUUGUAAAUAUUAUAGGAUUAUAAAUAUAUGUAUUUAAAAAUGUUCCUUUAGCGUUACGUUGUUGUUGUUGUUGUUUUAUUUUAAAUCGUGUGUGUGUGUGUUUGUUGUUGGCGUUAGUUAUAAUAGUUUAGAUGAAAUAUAAUAUAAACCGAUAGACUACGCCAGCCUCUUAAUAUGAUAAAGGACCAUGUGUCGUUGAAUUUCGAAACUGUACCGUUAAGCGGUGUUGGUCAAAAUUAUAGCUACAAAAGCUGGGGCCGUAGGUUUUGGAGAAAACUAUCGAAGCUACAAAAACUAAUAAUUUAUUUGUGCGCGGCCGUCACGUGUAUUUCAAUAUAUUUAUGGCUGAUCGGCAGUGGUAACAAAUUUGACGAGUUGACCGACGUGAACGCCGUCAAACUACCGCAGCUCACCCUUAGCCCACAACAAGAACUGGAUUUACCCGAUGGCGUUGAAGCUGUGAAAUUGAACGAAAUCGAUAACAACGACGUGGACGGGGUCGAUCGAAAAGAACAGAUUGCCGCGCCGGCCCUCAUUCCCGUGUCAAAUCCAUCCAGCGGCGUUCAGUUUUCUCCGGCAUUCGGCCAUCGACAAAAUGCCGUGUUGAACGCAUUCAAACACGCUUGGUCGGGAUACCGAAAAUACGCUUGGGGACACGACCACGUGAAGCCCAUUAGCAAAAGAUACCAAGACUGGUUCAAUUUGGGCCUGACAAUAGUCGAUUCGUUAGACACUUUAUGGAUUAUGAAUAUGAAAAAAGAAUUCGACGAAGCUCGAGAAUGGGUCAGCACAAAGUUUAGUCUAGAUCAUUAUAAAGACGUGAACUUGUUUGAGACUACUAUACGAGUCUUGGGCGGAUUCUUAAGCGCUUAUCAUUUCACCGGAGAUUCUUUGUUCCUAGAUAAAGCAUUGGACGUCGGCGAACGACUUCUUCCGUGUUUCACCAAAUCUCCUUCGCCCAUACCCUACUCCGACGUGAACUUAGUUUCCCAUAUGGCUCACUCUCCGAAAUGGAGCCCGGAUUCGAGUACGGCCGAAGUAUCGACGCUACAAUUAGAAUUUAGAGAUUUAUCACGUUGCGUGGGCAGACCGGAUUUUGAAAAAGUCGCGUCCAGAGUGUCCGAACAUAUUCACACGUUGGAAAAAUACCACGGACUCGUGCCGAUCUACAUCAAUCCGAACACGGGCAAGUUUCAUAAACGAUCGGAAAUCAAAUUGGGCGCAAGGGGCGACAGUUACUAUGAGUACCUGUUGAAACAAUGGAUUCAGACCGGAAAAUCCAUCGAUUACCUAAAGGACGACUAUAUCCAAGCCAUCGACGGGAUCAUCACGAAAUUAGUGCGCACGUCUCCUCAGAGAAACUUGACUUACAUCGGAGAACUCAGGGCGGGCUCGUACGACUUUCAUCCGAAAAUGGAUCAUCUCGUUUGUUAUUUGCCGGGUACUCUGGCACUGGGCGUACACCACGGAAUGCCGUCCAGUCACAUGCGACUAGCCGAGAAAUUGUUGGACACGUGUUUUAACAUGUACGCCGAUCAGCCGACGUUCUUGUCGCCGGAAAUUGUUUACUUUAGCACAAAAGUCAACGUGAAUCCGGACAUGUACGUCAACAUAAACGACGCGCACAACCUGCUGCGUCCCGAGUUUGCCGAGAGCCUGUGGUACAUGUACCAGAUUUCCGGCAACGUCACCUACCAAGACUGGGGCUGGUUGGUGUUCCAAGGGUUCGAGCGGUACACAAAGGUGGCCGGCGGCUACACGUCCAUCGGCAACGUGCUGGACCCGGACGACACGCGACCGCAGGACAUGACCGAGUCGUUCUUCUUCGCCGAGACGCUCAAGUACUUGUACCUGUUGAUGUCCGACGAUCGGCACGCGUUGUCCAUCGACAAAUACGUGCUCAACAGCGAAGGUCAUCCUUUACCCGUUUACAAUCGGUGAUUCGACGUCGUGCACUUGCCGCGCGCUCGCUUGUAAAUAACUUUCGCUUGUUUUAAACUUGUGCAUUUUGAGUAUUAUUCGUCGUUUGUUGGCUGUGAAAUUGUAUUUAUCGAUUUUGAUCUACGCUUAGUUGUGAAUUUAAACAACUCGACACUGUUUCAGUAUUUCUGCAGAAAAAAAAAAAAUUGUUUUAUAUCGAGUCACUCCUAUCGACAGCAGCUAGUUUUUGUUUUAUUCUACUCUGUUGGCCGGCUAUAAAUUAUGAUUUUUGUAGUUUAGAUCAUUUACUGUUGGAUUGAAAAAAAAUAAAGUCAACGCUGACCAUUUGCCAGAACAAACUGUUAAUUUUGAGUACCGCUUGUUGGUUACCUAUUUAUUGUGUUCGAAACUUAAAAAAAUAGUUACGUUUACCGAACCUGGUCACUCGUCGGGCAUUUUAUCGUUGUCACCGAGUCUAAUAGAAAAUUGUUGAUGUACUCUAUAGAAAUAAUGUUUUUCCACAGUUAUUGUAUUAGAACAAAUUGUAAAUAAAUAUUGUUGUUAUCA